CCGCGUGGUACGGCCCACACCUCCAGAGCGGAGCGCGAACGGAGGCCCGUCGCGUUCUUCCGCUCGCGCUCUCCAGUCUGCUCCCCCUCCUGGGCACGCUUGGUACGGCCCGCGCCGCCUCCUUCCCUUGCUGGGGCGACUAUCCCCCCCGGGUCCGCGGCGCUUGGUGCCGCCCGGGAGAUCCAGGUCAUCGGUCGGUUCCCGUGAAAACAAAAACAAUCGGCGGCGCCGCGGCGGGUAGUUGAACGUGGGGAGCAGGGAGCAGCAGGUCGCGGGGUCGGGAGGGGCGAGCUAGCGGGCGCGGUGGUGACGCGCCGGGGGGCAGGGGGCCAUGGGGCCGGUAGGCACGGGCUGCGCGGGGCUCCCCCGGCGCCGCGGCUAGUGCACCCGCCGCCUCAGCCACCCCGGCCGCCCGCCUGGGGGACGAGGAGCAGAACGCGGCCUCGGCCGGGCCCGGGCUGAACAGCUGCGGACACCCGGGCGCCGGGGAGCCGAGCGCCGCCGCCGCCGCCGCCGCCGCCGCCUCCGGGAUGGAUCAGUGCGUGACGGUGGAGCGCGAGCUGGAGAAGGUGCUGCACAAGUUCUCAGGCUACGGGCAGCUGUGCGAGCGCGGCCUGGAGGAGCUCAUCGACUACACGGGCGGCCUCAAGCACGAGAUCCUGCAGAGCCAUGGCCAGGAUGCUGAAUUAUCAGGGACACUUUCACUUGUUUUGACACAGUGCUGUAAAAGAAUAAAGGAUACUGUUCAGAAAUUGGCCUCAGACCACAAAGACAUCCACAGCAGUGUUUCUCGAGUUGGAAAAGCCAUUGAUAAGAAUUUUGAUUCUGACAUUAGCAGUGUGGGAAUAGAUGGCUGCUGGCAGGCGGACAGUCAGAGGCUUCUCAAUGAGGUGAUGGUGGAGCACUUCUUCCGACAAGGAAUGCUGGAUGUGGCGGAGGAGCUCUGCCAGGAAUCUGGUCUUUCUGUAGAUCCAAGUCAGAAAGAACCAUUUGUGGAAUUAAAUCGAAUAUUAGAAGCAUUAAAAGUCAGAGUUCUGAGACCUGCUCUGGAAUGGGCAGUAUCAAACCGAGAAAUGCUCAUAGCCCAAAACAGCUCCUUGGAAUUUAAGCUACACAGACUGUAUUUUAUUAGCUUGUUAAUGGGUGGAACUACAAAUCAGCGAGAGGCAUUACAAUAUGCUAAAAAUUUUCAGCCGUUUGCCCUAAAUCAUCAAAAAGACAUUCAGGUUUUGAUGGGGAGCCUUGUGUAUCUGAGACAAGGGAUUGAGAACUCACCAUAUGUCCACCUGCUCGAUGCAAACCAGUGGGCUGACAUCUGUGACAUCUUCACACGGGAUGCCUGUGCCCUCCUGGGGCUCUCCGUGGAGUCCCCUCUCAGUGUCAGUUUCUCAGCAGGUUGUGUGGCGCUGCCAGCUUUAAUUAAUAUCAAAGCUGUGAUCGAACAGAGGCAGUGCACUGGAGUUUGGAACCAGAAAGAUGAAUUACCUAUUGAAGUGGACCUUGGCAAAAAGUGCUGGUACCACUCUAUAUUUGCCUGUCCUAUUCUUCGUCAGCAAACAACAGAUAAUAAUCCACCCAUGAAAUUGGUCUGUGGUCAUAUUAUAUCAAGAGAUGCCCUGAAUAAAAUGUUUAAUGGUAGCAAAUUAAAAUGUCCAUAUUGUCCAAUGGAACAAAGUCCAGGAGAUGCCAAACAGAUAUUUUUCUGAAGAAAUAUCUUUAGUUUGCAAUUUGUAAGUGAAACUGAAUUGGGGGCACAUUUCAGAAGAGAACGUUCCAUUUAAUGCAGCUAACCAAGGACUCCCGUGUUUAUAUAAGCUAAUGCUCCAGAAACUUUGCCAACAUUUUAGUGUACACACACCGAGGGGAGUGCUCCAGAUAAAUAUUAUCACAGGGCUUUAUUAUAUUCUUGGUCUUCAUUUUUGAUCAAGUAAAUACACCAGCAGUUGUCAUUCAAUGCAGGUUUUUGUACUUAAUUAAAUGGUGAUUUUUUUACUUUUUAAGAGCAGAAACAGAAAUUGAACUCCCUGCCAUGUGUUUAAUAUUUAUCCUGCUUUUACUUUUGUCAUUUUUCCAACAAUUGUAAGCUUUGAGAAUGUUUGUGAAAAGUUUUAUUUCCUGUGACAUAUACAUAAUUAAAUGAAAACUCUUCAGAAGAAGUUGGAAAAACUGAAUUGUGGCUAUUAAACUAAUUUGCAUUUUUUUUGCCUAAGGAAGAAAGCUGUGAUAGAUUCCAAAUUUGCUUUUUGAUGUUUUCCUCUGCUCCAGCUGUCACCAAGAAGUUAGCAGACAUGCAUUUGAGUUCUGCUUGCAGCCCCAGUGGGCUGUCUGUUUAAAUCCCAUCAUGAAUUUGGCAGGUUGGUGUGAGAAGUCUUCCACUAGAAUAGAGUGGAAAGAGUACUUGUUUCUUUGAUUUUAUUUCCAAGAGGUGCUUGUUUUAAAAGUGUUCAAUAAAAUGAACUUCUCAAGUUAGAAGUGUUAAGUUGAUACUUGCUCUCUUGGUCUUGAUAGCCCUAGUUUCUGAAAUCUGCUUCAGGACUCGGCUAUCUAUUUCAUUUGUACAUCAUUGCAGACACAGUGUUGUGUGUGUGUGUAUAUAUAUGUGCACCAGCAUCAAACAUUGUGUAUCUGGAAGGGAAAAAGCAUGUUCCAGUCCUAAAAUGCAGACUUAUUACUUUAAAUCCUUAAAGUUAGAAGCUAGCAAAUUUUCUGUAGUGCAGAAUAUGUUUAUUGCUGUUUUUGUAUUUGAAUAGUAUACUCUUCAAUGCCUCUCUUCUGCAAAGUGUAUCAUCUCAUUGACUGUGAAUCUGUGUAUUAUUCUAAUGGAUACAGAUAACAAUCUUUUCUCUUGUGAGGUAUCUUCAUUUAAGGCACUGUCCAGAAAUAGCCAUGUGUAAGAGUCUCUGUAUGAUGAACUACAUGGAAAAGACUUCUGUGGACAUAAUUCUGACUUAAACCCAUUGUUACUUCAUUAUGAGAAGAAUGUUCUAUGGAAAUCACCAAAUAUCUUGCAACUUUAUUACAUCUGACAUGAAACUGACCAUCAAUAUAGGGAAACUUUCAUGAGAAAAUGAAAGAAGAAAACACAGAAGCAAAGAGAACUGUGACACUUCAUAUUUUGAACUAUACAGUUGACUUAGUUUUGGGGGGAGGGCAAUAACAGAUUUGGUGCUAAGUUACUUGGUAAGUGGCAACAUUUGCAGUAAUAUACCAGCCUGGAUGGUUUAUCUUGAAGUGUUUACCUGGGAGAGCUGGGAUGGGUUUGGAAAGGAAGAGGGUGCUGCAGAAAAGCCCUACUUGGUUGCUGCAUGUGGGCAGGCACACAUUGAGGCUACUGUGGGAUAGCCAGGAAUUGCAAUUGGCCUGCUCAUAGUGCUUGCUUUGUCUGACCUCAGUUUUGGCCCCAUAGCAAUUUUUUUGCCCUUUGUUUCUGCUUUCCUGUUGGAACCCUCUCUAAAGGUCUCUAUAGCUCCACUAAAGCAGUGAAGGUAGAGAAUUCUAGGCGCUGCUCUGGCCAAGGAUGUAAAACUGGUUUAUUAUAUAUUUUUUCCUUUUGAAUUAAAACCCAGAGUGUCUUUUUUUAAUUACCUUUUUCUCGCUAGGCCAGAUUCAGCUUUAUUCACUAUUCUCACCUUUCCACCUCAAACACCUGUGAAGCAUUUAGGCUUCAUGUAAGGUUUGAAUGAUAGAGAUGUUGCUCUAGAGGCUGGUGGUAAAUACUUUGGCAGCCAGACACUUCACAUAGUUGGCUUGGACCGCUUUCAAGAACAAAGCCAGAGCUCUGCUCUGUCCCUUUCCCAGUGUUGAGGAUCCUGCUGACAGUUUUGUGUGCAGUUCAUGGAACUUUAUAAAGAAUAAAAGAAUACGUUUUAACUGAAACAUUUGACUUUACAGUUUCCUGUGCAAGGUCCUUGUAGUCCUACUAGGCAGGGUUAGGGCCAAAAAUUUGAAACUCUUGAUCUGCCAGUUUCAUGUGAAAAUUAUGUCUUAUAAGACCUUUCAAUGAGUGGACUUAAAAUGUAUUGGUGAUUAAAUGUGAGAAGAGGUAGAUUUGAAGAAGUCAGACCUUAACCAAAGAUGCUGUCCUUCCUACCGCAGAAACACCUUCACCUGUGGUGUCAGGACCAUACCGUCGCUGAGGCUAAGAAUGUCAGCAGUGUGGGAGGGUGCUGUCCAUCGCACACUGCCUCCACUUGUAGUGGGUCACGAUAGAAGCAAGGUUUUUUACAGUCAGACUAAUUAUAAUGUACAUCGACAACAGAUUUUCAGAGUGGUUUCCUGAAUUCUUUAGGAACCAUUUCCAUUUAACAGUCAUGGACAAAGGCCAUGGGACUAUGCUAAACCAAUAAAACCUUAUUAGAUCCUUAGAUUCUGAUUUAGCCAGAGCAUCUGUGCUUUCAAGUAUAAUCUGAAGCACAGUGGCUAAGGUUGUCUUUUGGUCUAUUUUUCUCCUUUGUGUGAUCAUCACAGAUUCCCUUUCUGUUGUUUUAGUGGUGAUUAUAUGAGAUUUGUAAUACAUAAAUGAACGGGUAUUGGUGCCUCUUGAUUUAAAAAAUUUUGAAGAGCCACCUCAUAUUCAUAGGGUGUGUGAGUGAUUUAUGAGUGUAUGAACAUUUGAUUGAAGAUAAGAAACAAAGUAAAUCUUUUGAUUUUUUUUUUUCUGUAGCAGCUGAUGUAUUCAGAGACACUAAGACCCACACCAAGUUAUGUGGGGAAUGAGGAUCCUUUUUUCUGUCUAGGUAGUCCCACAGGUUACACAGUUUAAGUUUAGUACUCUUUAUACUGUGAGUUAUUUCCAUCUCAGUUGUUUUAGCCUUUGGGACAGUACAUACUACAAAAUCCAAGGAUUCUUGGUUAUCCGCACAAGACAGGCUGCUUGGUAGACAUGAGCCCUCUGGUUUUCCAGCCCAACCUCUGAUUAAGUGGACUACUAUCAAGCAGGUCAGUCAGCUUAGUCAGCAGACUCAGGUUAUUUUCAGGGAAGGCAUAGAGGCAUGGUUUGGUUAAUUUCAUCAUUAGGAUAUGUAAGGUGAAGACACAAACCAAAUACCUUUCAUUACUGAACUGCGUACAUUCUCUUCGGUAACGCUAGAAUGCUGGGGUCUUGAGGGAAUGUUAGCACGGAACACGUAGAAGGUUUGGUGCUUCAUAAGCCUGUCCAACUGUGGUGGGUUUUAUGUGGUAAAAUAGUGUUUACCAUAAGUAGGUACAAACUUUAUGAACUGUACUUAUUGAACUAUAAUUGAAUAAAUACCAAAAAAUAGAAUGACAAAAUGUAUUUUAUAGCAGAUGAGGCAAUUAGUGUUAGGGCAAGUUUUCUGCUGUUGAUUUUACUUCAAGACAUAGGGAGAGAAAACAGUUUUGUUUUCAAGAUGUUUCCCUCUACAGUUUUAAACUGUAGUGAGUUAUUUCCAAAGAGGCAAAAGCAGCUGGAAUUGGCUUAUAGCACAUGAUUUGUUUCAUAUUAUGGGUGAGGACCUACAUUCUAAUUUUAGCAGUUGCUUAUGUCCUCCAGCAAGGCAGAUGUGGAUUCACUAGGAUUUAGUGCCUGAUCAUUUUUUCUGGGAAGGGGUGGGAGUGGAUGUAUUGUGAAUGGGAGGGAAGCAAGAGAAGAUGGGAGGGUGAGUGUGCAUUUGUCUGAAAUUCACCUUUGUCCCCACCUGUGUCUAGCAAGGAACAGGUAUUUGAUGUAUUUGCUCAUGACUGCAGUGUGCAUGUAUUUUUUUUCUCCUCUGUGUUUUCUAAACUUACACUAAAAGGAUUCAUCAAAUCAUCUUGUUCAGAUGGCUCAGGAUUGUAUUUCUUUUGCUUACCCUGUGCUCUUGGGUUCUGUAGUAUUUCUAUAAUUACUUAACAAUAGUGUUGCACUGUAAUCUAUCAUAUAGAGCUCUAUGUAUGGAAAAUUUUGAUCAGUUUUUUAAGAAAUGUAUCCUGUUUGCAAAGGCACAAUAAAGUUGCAUCUUAUAGACUAUAGGCAAUAAAGCUAACAAUAAACCUUAUUUAACACAAACCAUAUUCAUAUUCUCUGUCAUUUGAUUUUGGAAAAAAAUCUAGCAUACCCAGUAGUUUCAGGGAUUCCAUUUUAACUUAAAAAGUUCUGGUGUAUUUAAUUUAUAAAUUUCAGACUGAUAUAAUAGGGUUUUGGAAAACUAUAAGAAAUGCUUUGUUAAUGUGUGUAUUCCUAUGUAAAACACAUGGCUUAUCCUGUGUAUAUUUUUAAAGAUUAAAGAAAUGCACAUUUAAAAAGUG